AUGACAGCAGCAGCACAGAGACUUCUCCUUAGGGGGCCCCUCCCUCAUCUCUGCAGCAGCAGCAGCAGCAGCAGCAGCUGCAGCAGCAGCAGCAGCGUUCCUCUACAGACACAAAUAAAAGUCAGUCAUCAACAUGCGGGGCUGCUGCGCUGCUGCUGCAGCUACCUGCAUAGGCAUCUGCUGCAGCAGCAACUGCAGCAAAGGCAGCAUCUUCUGCAGCAGCAACAGCAUCUGCUACAACAGCAACUGUUUCAGCAGCAAUUGCUGCAGCAGCAACUGCUGCAACAGCAGCUGCUGCAGCCGAGUCUCUGCUGCACAACUCGCCGGACGACAGCAAUACCUACGCCUGCUGCCUGUAGCAGCAGAAGAAGAAACAUUUGCAGCAGCAGCAGCAGCGACAGCACAGUCGCGAGCUGCACCUCCAGCAGCAGCAGCAGCAGCAGCAGCAGCAACGGGUGCAGCGAAGCAGCCAGCAGUGAUGCAAGCAGCAGCAGCAAGAGCAGCAGCAUCCACGCCAGGAGGCGAAAGCUGCGACGUUCGGUUGCCUCUACGUCAGCCUCGAGCAGCAGCAGCAGCAGCAGCAGCAGCAGCACGAAGAGCAGCAAGAGGAGCAAGAGAAGCAGCAGAAAUGCAGACAUUGAUAUAUGGAGGUCAGCAGCAGCUGCUUCUUUUUCUUCAAUGAAGCUUCCUGCUGCUUUGCUGCAGGGAGUGCAGCGGCUGGGUCUGCUGCAGCCAACAGCAAUUCAAGCAGCAGCAACGCCUUUAAUAAAAGAAGGUAGAAGCGUGCUGCUGCUGUCUGGAUCUGGCAGCGGCAAAACAAUCGCCUAUAUUCUCCCGCUGCUUGCGCGUCUCUGUGCAGCAGCAGCAGCAGCAGCUCCAGCAGCAGCAGCAGCAGCAGCAGCAGCAGGGCGACCAGCUAAGCCUCACUGCCCCCGUUUGCUGAUUGUUGUUCCGACGAGAGAAUUGGCGCAGCAAAUUGUCUGCAGCACAAUUCGGCCUCUUGCUGCUAAUGUUGCUGCUGCUGCUGCUGUCACUGACAUCAGCAGGAGCAGCAGCAGCAGCAGGAAAGGCGCUGCUGCUGCUGGGUACGGUCAGCCACUGUCUGCAUGCGUGCUGGCAGGAGGCAGCAGCAGCUAUGCAGCAGAAGCAGCAGCACUUCGUUUAGGUGUUGAUGUUGCUGUGGGGACCCCAGCACGUUUGCUGCUGCACCUGAAGAAGCAGAAUCUGCUGCUGCAGCAGCUGCAGCAACUCGUUGUUGAUGAAGCAGACACCCUCUGUGAUUCCUUCUAUGCUAACGAGCUUCGCUUUAUUCUCAGCCUUGUUCUCCAGCAACGAGGAUUCAACAGCAGCAGCAGCAGCAGCAGCAGCACCGGCAGCAGCAGCAGCACCGGCAGCAGCGGCAGCAGCAGCAGCAGCAGCAAAGGGGUGCAGCUUGUCUUUGUGGGGGCUGCGCAUUCAGGGGCCCUCGCGGCUUUCUUACGUUCUUUUAAACCUGAUGGAAGCGAAACACAAUUUCUUCUUAAGGGCAGCAGCAGCAGCAGCAGCAGCAGCAGCAGCAGCAGCAGCUGGGACGACAGCCCCCGUAUCCUUUCCGAAGUUUCGAACGAGAGCAGCAGCAGCAGCAGCAGCAGCAGCAGCAGCAGCAGCACGAAGGGUUUACUGGAUGUGUUGCAGUUGGUGUCAGGCAAGGAUCUGCAUGCGCUUCCUGCUGCAGUGCAGCAGCAGUUUGCUGUUAUUGAUUCUUCUCGCGGGUUGCAGCAGAUUGCUGAUUGCUUGGGGAAGCCGUCUCAUCUGAUGCAGCAAGCAAUUGUCUUUUGUAAUACACUCAGCGCAUGCAGGUUUAAGCAGUUUGUGGAGGGGAAGACGCGCGUGUUGGUGACCACCGACGUUUGCUCGCGGGGCCUCAACCUCCCCAAUGUUCAACACGUGGUGAUGUUUGGAAUGCCGCAGCACUUCAUCGAUUAUUUACACCGCGUCGGCCGCCUCAGCCACACGAAGAGCAGCGGCCAAAUAACAGCACUUUAUAAGAAGAAAGAUAAACAUUUGCUGCAGCAAAUAUUACAAGCAACUGCUGCUGCUGCUGCUCCUUCUCCUCCUCCUGCUCGUGCUGCUGCUGCUGCUCGUGCGGAUGCUGCUGCUGCACCUGGGGCUACCGCUGCUGCUGCGCCAGGAAUCGCACACCCGCUGCAGCUGCAGCAGCAGGGGAUGCAGCAGCUGCAGCAGCAGCAGCAGCAGCAGCAGCCAGCACUUGCAUCUGUUCAGUUUCUCAGCAGCAGAACGAAGAAGAUCAUUAAGCUGCAGCGAAGGUGGCAGGAGCUUCUCGCUAUGAAGAUGAAGGCAGAGAAGAAGUUGGCGGAGCUGCAGAAAAGAGGCAUCAUCAGGAAGUCCCACAAACUACCCAGGCGUCCUGACAGCGUGGUAGAGCGGAGCGACGCGCAGCAAAUUCCGAAGCUGCAGCGAUCAGCAGAUGGCAGCCUCCAAGUGAUUGCAUGCAGACGCAGCAGCAGCAAACAAUUAAAGCUGAAGAUGCAGAAAGAGGCUGGCUGCUACGAGUCUGCAGACGAGACAUUUGCUGUUUCUUCAAAGUGCUAUAAUAAUAGCUUUAAACAAAAACAAAACAAAACCCCUCUCUUUUAUUAA